UAAGAUUUUCUUAAUCGAACUUUUAACUUUAUCUUUUGCGUUUUUCCUCGUUCAUACAUUGAAAAUAAAAAGCCUUUCGACAAUUGAAACUAAUUCGAAACCUAUUUUCAAUUUGUCAAUGUCACCUUUUUGAUCAGUGUAGCAGCGACUAGCUAGAAGCCAACUAUGAUUAGUUUACUUUCGGUAAUAGACAGAGAACAGUACUUAGCUAAAUUUUACGUUAGAAUCUAUGAUAAGAGAACCGUCAGAUUUGUUUUACUCAUAUUGAUUUGUAUAGGAAAGAGACAAUAAACCUGAUUAACAAUCAGAUUUGAACUAUAUUUUAAUAAUAAUUGUGUGUUGAGAAUUGAUAUUAUCGAUUGGAAUUAGAUGUAAAUCAAAUAAAUAGUUUGCAUUAAAAUAAGCAAGAGACUUACAAGACAAAAAAAUUCUAUUAAAAAUCGAGAGAUAAAUCCGAUAGAUGAUUUUCGUGACGAUUGAUAAUCAGAGAUAAAUAAAUGAACUCGUUAAAAGAUUUUUCAAUUAAUUGAUUUUAGAUUUUUUAUUAUUUCAACUAAUAAAAAAUAUUCUCAAAUUUAUAUUUUAGACAGAGACAAUUAUCAUCACUAUCUUUUUUUUUUUUAUUAACUUAAACAAAUAAAUAUUUAUUUAUAUUUAUAUCAGACAUUCUUUUUGUUUUUUUAAGUAUACUUUUUUGAUAAAGAAAAAUAAUUAAAUUAAGAAAGGAAUUUUUGUUUCUGGUUAAAGAUGUUUUCUCGUUAAAUGAGAAUAUAUUGAAUUAAAUAUCUGUAUGAUAUUGACAUUUAUUUAAAAUGAUGGUUGAAUGAUAUAUAAGAUUUAAAAUUUUAUCUAAAGACUUUUAAAAAAAGAACGAACUUAGAUUUUAACUUUUUUAAGAUUAUUUUUUGUUUUCUUUUAUUAUGAAACAAAUCGUUGAAUAAAAUAAAUAUUUUCUCUCGAUUAAAAUAUUAUUUUCAUUUCGAAAUAUUUUAAAUCGAAUCGAAUUGAUUUAUGAUGAGUUUUUUUUAUUUUGAACGUUUUCUUAACUUAAAAUAAUAUUCGAUAUAUAUAUAUACGAUUUUAUUUUAUCGAACAUUUUUUUAAUAAUAAUCAGUUAGAUAUAUAAAAAUGAAUUUUAUUUUAAUUAAAAUAAAGAUAAUAGAGAUAAUUAAAUUGAUUUUUUCAUGAGAAUAAAAUGAAAAUAAUAAGAAAUAUGAAAAUUAGAAUUAUUUAGUUAAUUAAUAUAAUAUAUUAUUUAAAAAACGUGUCAGUUAGAGAAAUAAUGUUCGAUUUGAUAAAAAGAAUAAAAUAAAAUUUGUUUUUUAAAAAAUUUAGAUGAUCUUGUUGAACGUUUAAAUGAAUGUAAAUAUUUAUUUAAUAGUCAAUAUCAUUUAAUAGAAAAUGUUAAUAAAAUAAAUCGAAAAGAAAAUCCAUCUCGAUCAUGUAAAUCACGUUUUGAUUUAUCAUUAAAAUUAUUUUAUUAUUCUAUUGAAAAUAUCUUAACUAUUGAAAAAAAAACAGAUUAA